AUGGCAAACACAUCAACACUGACUGAAUUUAUCCUAGUAGGGAUUCCUUUUUUCUAUGAUCUGCACAGGAUUUUCUUUUUCAUAGGUUUAUUCAUGUACAUCAUAGCCAUCCUGGGGAAUGGAUUUAUCCUUGUCAUCGUGGCUAUUGAGCCAAGACUUCGGACUCCCAUGUACUUCUUCCUGAGCAACUUGGCUUUUUUGGAGAUCUGCUACACCACAACCAUAGUACCUAAGCUGCUAGAAACACUGCUAGAAACACAGACGACCAUUUGUUUCUAUUGCUGCAUGGCCCAGAACUUCUUUUACUUCACAUUUGGAAGUACAGAGCUUUUAAUCCUGACAGUGAUGUCCUUUGACCGGUAUCUGGCCAUAUGCAAACCACUCCAGUACCCAAUGAUUAUGACCAAGAAUGUUUGCAUUCAGUUGUCCUUGGCUGCUUGGUACUCAUCAUUCAUACUCUUUUUUCCCCAAUGUCUCCUUGUAUGGAGGAUGUCUUUCUGUGCUUCCAAUGUUAUCGAUCAUUUCUUGUGUGACGCUGCUCCCCUGUUCAGCAUUUCAUGUGCUGAUACCUUCCUCAAUGAGAUUAUGGGACUGCUCAGUGCCAUUCUACUGAGCAUUUUGACCUUGAUCUUCACCUUAGUGUCAUACGUCUAUAUUAUCUCCACCAUAGUGCGUGUUCCUUCAGCCAAGGGACGCAAGAAGGCUUUCUCCACCUGUUCAUCUCACCUGAUUGUGGUGUCUAUAUUGUAUGGGGCACUGAUAGUCAUGUAUGUGAGGCCCAACCUGCAUUCCUCAUCUCCCCUAACCAGGGUACUGGCGGUGCUGAACACGGCCGUGACACCAGUGCUGAACCCUUUCAUUUACACAAUAAGGAAUGUAGAAGUGAGGGGCACUGUCAAAAAUGCAAUCUAUAAGAAGAGAGAGUUGCCAAAUGAAGAGUUUUUAAACAUGUCCCAAAAAGUUGGUAAAUAUGAAUGA